AUGUCGUCAAAUGGCCCUAAUUCUCCUAAAUUUGUUGCGAUAUAUCGCUUAAACUUUUACAAGAAUAAGAAGAAUUGGCAGUUUCCCUCUAAUAGAACUAGGUCAUCACCUAAAACACAUAACACUCUUAACAAGACAUUUGAUGUGGAAAAAAAGGACUCAAUUCUUAAUGAAGCUUUUAUUGACACUGGAUCAGAUUUGGAUAAAACAUCGAAAACGGAGUUAGAAACAUCAUCCAAGCCCAACUUAUCCCAACAAUGGCUAGAAAACAUCAAUAUCUGGCCAAAUAAUAAAAGGCCGGAGUCAGAGCAGAAUAUAUUACAAGACCUCCUUGUUGGUGCUAAGCGAGAGAGUUAUGCUUAUAAUGAUUUUACACAACUCACUCCUGCGCAGAUAACAACACAGACUUCAAAUAGAAUUAACAAUCAUAUGUCAAGAAGUUUACAACACCAACAUUCAAGCUACCAAGACUGGGGUGUGAUGAACAAUGGAACCUGUCAAUCAACGUAUGUUGGCAGUAAUGAAUUACUCUGGAAUGAAAAUUGUCAUUUUGAUCAUGGAGACAACCAGUUUCAUGAACAGAAUUACUAUCAGCAGGCAGGUAACAUUCUGGUAAAUAAUGAACUAAACACAAAUUUAUAUCAAGCCGAGUCUUGGCCUAACAUGGAAUGUUGGACCAAUGAAAUUCCUGCACCCAAUGUGGACAUGGUUGAUGGCAGUCAGGAUUAUUUUCAGGUGCCAUCUGAGUUCUUAAAGCUAAAAAAUCAGAUGAACUUGGUUGAGGAAGAAAUGUCUUGCGUCUCUGUAGACAGUUUCGCCGAGUUCACAAGGGGCGCAGACCUAGCGCCACACUGUUCUGAGAUUGAGAUAAAUAUGGAAUCUAGAAAAGAACUAGACGCAAACAGCGUGGCUCGUAUGUCUUCCACUCAGCUAUCGGCUGCGAUAGAAUCUCAUGCGCAUGCGCUUGCUAGGCUACUAUGGGAGAGCCGUGAACGUAACAAACUACGCGAAAGUCAAAGUAUGUACACGCGUAUGAGCUUCGAAGAGCCGACUCACGACGUGGGUCCAUCGCAGCCGUGCAGCACGAAAGCAUUGAACUGCGAAGAGUUCGUAGCCGGCUCAUUCCGUAACACUAAAUCGAGGGUAGUUAUAGAAGCGGGCCGACCGGUGCGGCUGAGGGGAGAGUUGGCUUAG